UAUUUCUCCCCACUUUUUCUCCAUUUCUCAUUAAAUUCCCUUUGCCAAAAGCUUUAACUUUUUUUAUAACUUAGCAUCAUCAAAUUCACAAUUACAUUCCACUUUGGGAGUCUGGGUAUUUGUAUUUCUUCCAAACCAAGAAUCUGUGAUAUCAAAACAAUGCCACCAAGAAACCUUCUUGUUUUCUUGCUGUUUCUCUUUCCCCUCCUCUUCACCUUCGAUUCCCCAUUUAUAAUCUUAGCUGAAAGUACCAGCUUUAAUUUCCCAUUCUUCACUGUUAGGAACCUCACUCUCCUUGGUGAUUCUCAUCUUAAAAAUGGCGUUAUAGGCCUAACCAGGGAGACUGCUGUUCCUUCUUCCAGCUCAGGUACCCUCAUCUACAACCACCCAAUUCAUUUUCUCGAUCAAGAUUCCAAUAUCACUGCUUCUUUCUCCACCACAUUCUCUUUUACCAUCGACAGUGUCGACCCCACCUCUUUCGGUGAUGGUUUAACCUUCUUUCUUUCACCUGAUAACCAAACCCUUGGGAGUUCAGGUGGGUAUCUUGGUCUUGCUAAUUCUUCAGAUUUGGCCAAGAACAAGUUUUUAGCCAUUGAGUUUGAUACCAAGCUUGAUACUCGGUUCAAUGAUUCCAAUGACAAUCAUGUCGGUUUGGAUGUUAACUCCCUCAAUUCAAUCAAGGCUACUGAUGCAUUGUUGCAAGAUAUCGAUUUGAAGAGUGGGAAUUUGAUCACUGCUUGGAUUGUUUACAAGAAUGAUUUGAGGGUCUUGAAUGUUUUCUUGAGUUAUUCAACUGUAAAGCCUCCAACACCAUUGUUGUCUGUGGAUAUUGAUUUGUCUGGAUACCUUAAAGAGUACGUGUUUGUUGGGUUUUCAGCAUCAACAGAAGGGAGUACAGGCAUUCACUCGAUUGAGAAUUGGAGUUUCAAGACUUUUGGUUUCCUUCCCGUGAGACCAAGAUCACAUCCUCACAACGUAUCCGGUAGUUCAGUCACAGUACCAUCAGCUGUUCCUGCAUCAAAUUCUACCAAUAAACACCACAAGAGGCUUGGUUUAGGACUUGGGAUUGCCGGUCCAGCCUUCUUUUUUGUCGUGCUUGCUGUUUUCGGUUAUGUAUCAGUGAAGAAAUGGAAGGAUAUGAGAAUAGAAAAGAAUCUGAAAGCAGAGAUUUUGGCAGGGCCUAGGGAGUUUAGUUACAAAGAACUGUAUGCAGCCACAAGAGGCUUUCACUCAAGUAGAAUCAUAGGGCGGGGUGCGUUCGGGAAUGUUUACAAGGCCAUCUUCGCCUCUUCGGGGUGUGUUAGUGCGGUGAAAAGAUCAAAACACUCCCGUGAAGGUAAAACCGAGUUCCUUGCUGAAUUGUCUAUCAUAGCUGGUUUGAGGCACAAGAAUCUGGUUCAGCUACAAGGUUGGUGUGCUGAGAAAGGUGAAUUGUUGCUUGUUUAUGAGUUUAUGCCUAAUGGAAGCCUUGAUACUCUGCUUCAUCAACACCCAGAGAAUGGCUUAUUGCUGACAUGGUCCCAUAGACAAAAUAUUGCUGUCCGAUUGGCCUCUGUCUUAGCUUACCUGCACCAAGAAUGUGAACAACAAGUCAUUCACAGAGACAUAAAGACAAGUAAUAUAAUGCUUGAUGGUAACUUUAAUCCAAGACUUGGUGAUUUCGGAUUGGCAAGGCUGAUGGAUCAUGACAAGAGUCCUGUUUCAACACUUACUGCUGGCACCAUGGGCUACCUUGCCCCUGAAUAUCUUCAGUACGGGAAAGCAACCGAGAAAACUGAUGUUUUCAGCUACGGUGUCGUUAUUCUUGAAGUAGCUUGUGGUAGAAGGCCGAUAGAGAGGGAAGUAAACAGCCAGAAAAUGGUGAAUUUGAUUGACUGGGUGUGGGGCUUGCUUGGUGAGGGAAGAAUCAUUGAAGCAGCUGAUAAAAGGUUGAAAGGGGAUUUCAAUGAGGAAGAAAUGAGGAAGUUGUUGCUUGUAGGUUUGAGCUGUGCACACCCUGAUAGUGCUGAGAGGCCUUCAAUCAGGAGAAUCCUUCAGAUCCUUAACAAUGAGGCGGAUCCAAUAGCCGUGCCGAAGAUGAAACCGAGUCUCACUUUCUCUUGUAGCUUAACUGUUGAGGACAUUGUUUCAGAUGAUGAAGAAAGCAAAACAACUCAAAGCUGAUACGAGUUGGAUACAAAAUUCAUUGAUUGUUUGAUUCUUUCAUUUUUGCUUAUACCAUCAUUAUAAUAUUACUUCAUUUCAGUGCUCAUCUGAGACUAGGAGUUCAUUAGUGUGAGUUCAAAAGUACUGCAUUGAACUAUGUGGUCUCUGCUGUAAUCUGAAGAUAAAUUUACAAAGUUCUGACAUGUUCUCUUGCUGUCAUCCGCCAUUGUUAGCUAUCUUUACUGAUAUAAAACUUGACUCUAUUCACACUCA